AAGCAGACCACGGGGCGAACUUGCAGCCGAACCGAACGUCGGAUGAACUUCCCUUACGAAUUCGUCCCCCAUGGCCGGUGUAUAUAAAUAAAAUCCCCAGUGGCAAGUACGUUUAGUCUGACCAAACCAGUAGCACCACCCGCAGUUCGAUAUCAACAGCGCAUCAAGCUAGAACUCCAUCAUGCCGGAUUACAAGGUCUACUACUUCAAUGUCAAAGCCCUGGGCGAGCCUCUGCGGUUCCUAUUGUCCUACGGCAAUCUGCCCUUCGAUGAUAUCAGGAUUACCCGCGAAGAAUGGCCAGCUCUGAAACCAACAAUGCCCAUGGGCCAGAUGCCAGUCCUGUCGGUGGACGGCAAAAAGGUUCACCAAUCGGUGGCUAUGUCCCGCUAUCUGGCCAAAGAGGUCGGCCUCUCCGGUGCCGACGAUUGGGAGAAUUUGAUGAUCGACACCGUAGUCGACACCAUUAACGAUUUCCGCCUGAAAAUCGCCGUUGUAUCCUACGAACCCGAUGAUGAUGUAAAGGAGAAGAAGCUGGUCACCCUGAACAGUGAGGUCAUACCAUUUUAUUUGGAGAAACUGGACGAUAUCGCUCGCGAAAACAAUGGCCAUAUGGCCAAUGGCAAACUAACUUGGGCCGAUUUGUACUUGGUUGCCAUUUUGGACUACCUGAACUACAUGACCAAAUCUGACCUCGUAGCCAACCAUCCGAACCUGCAAAACGUCGUGGAGAACGUUACGAGCAUUCAAUCGGUCAAAAACUGGAUUGACAAACGACCCCAAACCAUGCCCAUGGGACAGAUGCCGGUGCUGGAGGUCGACGGCAAGCGAGUACACCAAUCGUUGGCCAUGUGUCGCUACGUGGCUAAGCAGAUCGGUCUGGCCGGUGCUAAUCCAGUGGAGGAGUUGCAAGUUGAUGCGAUUGUUGAUACGAUUAACGAUUUCCGUCUAAAGAUCGCCAUCGUUGCCUACGAACCGGACGACUUGGUAAAGGAGAAGAAGAUGAUCACCCUCACCAACGAGGUGAUCCCCUUCUACCUGACCAAGCUGAACGUGAUCGCCAAGGAGAACAAUGGCCACCUGGUGCUGGGCAAACCGACCUGGGCCGACGUGUACUUUGCCGGCAUCCUGGACUAUCUGAACUACCUCACCAAGACCGAUCUGCUGACGAACUUCCCCCAGCUGCUGGAGGUCGUGAACAAGGUGCUCGAGAACGAGAACAUCAAGGCAUACAUUGCCAAGAGACCGGUGACUGAAGUCUAAGGAAGCAAAGCAAAAGUCAAAAUGCCAAAAUGACAGCAUGAAGAAUUGCAAGCAAACUAUAAACUCGAGAACGCUAAAUGAUUGGAACGCUACGCCAUUUUUGUGCUGUUUUAGUUUAGAGAUAAGAAGUCGCGCGAAAGAAUCAAACCUGUUCUGGGAAGGAAUUGUAUCUAUUCCUGCCAUGAUGGUGGCAUCUUUUAUGAAACCGUAUUUCACUAAUUGAACGUUGUACAUCUCCACAGUUAGAGAAUAUCUAGAUUCUAGUCAGUAGUUCGUACGUUUAGAAGUGUAAAAAGAAAUAUUUUAAGUUUGUCAGUAAGAGCGGGUCGGUCGAGAGAAUACAUUGUGUGUAAAGUCCAAAUCGAAACUAAUGAACAAA